UAAAAAUUAUGUUUGAAUGUUAUAACAAAGUUUAAAGAUUGAAUAAUGUUUGAAAGGUUUAAAAAGAAACAUUUAGUUAAAAAACACAUUGAAUCAGAAGUUUUCGAUUCUGCAGAACGCGAAGAUAUUUCGACAAAUAGCAAUAACAUUGAAGAUUUUAAUGAUUUAUCAUUUAUUCUUGAUUAUAUUGGAUCGGAUUAUGUAUCCGAAGCUAAAUCAGAAGCAAUAAUUUUAGACACUUUGAAAAAAAUAAAAAAACAACACAGAAAAACUAUUAGAGUUGAUUUUAAUAUUAAAAAUGGUAUACUUAAAAUUAGCGAGUGCGAGCACGGUGCUUUACUUAUUACAGCCCCAUCUUAUGCAGUUGCGUUAUGUGCUAGAGACGAGGUUCCUGGUUUUGAAACAAAUUUCGGUAUUAAUAUUACAAGAAGAAGAAUUCACAUGUGUCAUGUGUUUCAAACUGGAUCAAAAUUAGAAGUUUAUUCUAUUACAAGAGCCAUUGCACUUUCAUUUCGUUGUGUGGCAAAAGAUCUUCGAAAAAUUGAAUGUGGAAUUGAUGACCGUUGGUCUCAUUCUGAAGAGAAGUUACGCUACUUGCGGAUCAGAUCUGAUACAACUGAUACAACUAGAGAAUUUGAAAAUAUUUCUCGAAGACAUAAUAAAUCAGGAAUUCUUCCCACUUUGAAAUCAGAAGAUCAUUUAGAUUUAUAUGAAGCUGGAUCACAAAAUGAUGCGAGCUGUUCAAAUCAUUCUGAGGAGCCUGUUCAUAAGACAUCAAGCUCAACUGAUGAUGUUUACCAAUCAACUUCUUAUGACACAGAUUUCAGUGAUCGUCCUGUAUCAGAUGACGAGUCUGAUACUUUUACAAGUUGUAAUGGAUUUGAAGAUCUUUUUGCGCAAACCUUAAGAGCUAUUAAAAGACAUGAUUUGUACCAUGUUUCUAAGUUCUUUGAUGAAGAUGCUUUGCUCACUGUACUUGAUAAAAGAUGCCAUAGUCUUUUGCAUUAUGCUGUCAAAGCAGAUGAUGGAAAAAUUGUGGAACUGUUAUUAAAAAGAGGUAUGGAUGUAAAUAUAGAAGGUCCCAAAGAUCAAACUCCACUUCAUAUGGCUGCAUUUCUUGGUUAUACCUCCAUUGCAAGAAUAUUGCUUGAUUAUGGAGCAAAUGUCCGAGCCAAAGACCAAUCUUACCAAACACCUCUACAUCUUUGUGCUGGCAGUAUGCAAAAACUUGAGCUUUCAUAUAUUUUAAUUGAACAUGGAGCACGAAUUGAAGAUAAUAAUUUAGAUGGAAUUCGUCCAAUUGAUAUUAAUAUAGAAUUAAAGGAAAUGCAAAAUCGUUUAGUUCAAUCAACAUGUGAAGCUUUUGCAGGACUUGAAAUAUCUUAUUCUCGCUCAAUACUUCAAUCUGAGGUAUCACGUACAAAUAGUCAAUUGUCUUGUUCUAGUUCAGUUCUGCUUCCUCAAAAUGUAAAAAUGAAUGGCAAUGUUUUUCUUUUUGCUGAGAAGAACAGACACAAUUCACAUCAAGGAUAUGAUAAUACUCAUGAUGCAUCAGUUACAAACCUAAAUGAUGGCACCUCAAGUGAGUUAAGUGCUUUCUCUAUAAAUGAGUCAAAUACUGAUUCUGAUUUUGAAAGAGACAGUCUUCAAUUUCUGUGUAAUGAAGAUGAGAACCAGUUUAAAAAAAAAGUUUUUAAAAAAAAGAUAUUUUACAGACCCAUAAAUCACAUUAAAAAUGAUGCAGUUGGUAAUUCUUUACACAUACUGUUGACUUUAUUAAGUAAUUCUGAAUGUCAUCAAGCACUUUUAGCUAAUCUAUGUCUUCCUAAAGCUGCUUGUCAAUUAGUUGCAGCAGCUCAUUCAACCAAAAAGAUUUAUCUUAAAUAUAUUUCACAGCUUUUGAUUAACAUGUUCAAUGCUAACGGUGUGACAAGUCGUCAAAAAUGUAUUUCUGCUGGGUUACUAAAAACUGUUAUUGACUUGCUUGAUUCCCCAGAACCUCUUCAAAGUUCAUGUUUAUCUAUUCUUAAUGAUGUUCUUCAGCAAGAUAGUGAUCGAGAUUAUUCCACAACAAUAUCAGGAAUUCAUAUUGAACUUCUACUUGGAAUUAUUUGUGCAAAUAAUAGUCUUACCACUUUACCUUCACCUAUGAUGAGACCUACUUUUUCUUCAAGUGUAGACAGUGGUUAUCGAACACCAUUGUUAGAAAAAAGGUCUAAAAAAUUAUCAUUUAAUGAAGACAAAGAUUUAGAAAAAUCCCCAGUUAGAUCUAAUUCAUUACAAAAUAAGUAUAUAAAAGCUGAUCGUUUACUACAUUUAAACUCAGAAUCUGUUGGUCCUGGAUAUUUAGACACUAUGCCCUCUUCUGACCAUUCAUUAGCUCGAUAUGCUUCACUGUCUUCUGUCAGCCGUAAUGGCUCUCGUGAAUUUGAUGGGUUUUUACGUCAGAAACUGAUUAGCACUGGAAGCUCUGAAAUUAAUAAAGAAAGACCUUUUGAUCGCCCUGUUGCGCGUCAUGUAGCUAUGAAAAUGUUAGCUGCAAGCAGCAGAAAUGAAAAAUUACAAGAUGAAUUGACACAAUCUCAUAUGUUGAGUUUCUUAAAAAACUGCUUAAAUGACUGUGAUCAGGAAAUAGUUUUAUAUGCUACUAUUUCUAUAGCAAAUAUAGUUGCUAACAUUGAAAGACAUGCACAAAUGGAGGCUGAAAAUGUUGUAAAAUAUCUUUAUAAGCUAUUAGAGCACCCAAAUACUAAAAUAAAAUAUCAAGCAGGACGAGCUCUUGUUUAUUUAGGCCAUUUGGAUUUAGCCAAUACAAAUAUAUACGAAUAUGUACCAGAGGAAGAUUCUUGUCUUGCAAGUAUUCAAGAAGAAGAUGAUGGCCAUUUAUAUUUGCGUGGUACAUCAGUUGAAAAUCUAGUUCUUUCACUUACUACUAAUAUUGAAAUGUUAUGGGGGGGUAUUAGUUGCCCAACAAGAAAUAAAACAAGAAUUCAAUCAAUUCCUAACGAAAAUCAAAUAAUAAACUUUGUCAUUAAAAUGUAUCAAACAUUUGUACAUCCUGUUAUUUUGAUGCGUUUACUUUUACAUAGGUUCCGAGAACCUAAAGCAUAUGCAGCAUUUAUUAGUUAUAAUAAUACUAGCACUACAAUAGAAUAUUAUGCUCCAUUGCCAACAAUACAUGCGCGUCUUGUACGAUUUUGGAUAGCUUGGCUUGAAGUUGGUCUUGAGGAUUUUAAAACUUAUCCAAUAAUUAGAAAUGAGUUAUGUGAAGUAGUAAGUUCAAUGAAGGCCAUUGGUGGUCCUUAUGCUCCUUGUGCUGAUUAUUUAGGAAAGUUGCUGUCAAAAUCUCAUGAAGAACUUUGCUCUAAAAAUGUCUAUCGAUCUCCACCUGUAAAUCAUCAUAAUGAUUUAUAUGAGCAGUGUUACAAAGCUAUUUUUGAUGGAUCUUUACCUUGUUCUGAAACUGAUUUGGUUUAUUUGGGUGGACUUCAAUUAUAUAUAGAAGAUUUACAUCUCUAUGGUCAAGAUUUCCCUCAGCGACUAAAUACAAUAAAAGGCAUAAAUAAUUCUCGAAUAAAAAAUAGCAUAGGAUCACAAGUAUCUUUAUCAAAAUCUUUUUCUAAAAAGAUUUGUAGCAAUUAUGAAAGCUUUGUUCUUUUACAACAGUCUGAAAGGAAUGCAAAACAUAAUUAUAUUGACUGUUGCCAAGGAAUGCCAGGUUAUGGCUGCACUUUUUUUAAAAUAAAAGAGCAUGUUCCCUCAAAUCGACUUUCAAAAAUUUACAUCACUCGAUUAAUUGGUUUAGGUCCUAAAAAAGUUGUCAUUUUAGAUGAAUGCACUAAACAAUGUAUUGAAAAGUUCAAUGAAGUUAGUACUUGGAAAUCGAAUGAUGAUGGCACAAUUAUAAUAUGUUUCAAAAACAAUAAAGUUCUUGAUUUUCAAAUUGAUAUCAUCAAUUUAAAAGAUUUUAACUGUUUAUUAACUCACACUAUGUCAAGUAGUAUUAGAGACUUUCACAAUAUUGACACAAAUCCUUGGAGUAAAUUAGCUGAAGAAUGUGGUACAUGGGGAAGGGCUCUUCAGAAUCAUUUAUCUAAGAUCAAAACUAAGGGUACAAUUUCACAAAACUUAAACAAUCUUAAAGAAAAAUCAGAUGAUGAAGUUCAGAAAUUAUCACAGGGGUUUUCUAAUUCAAAGGAUGGCACACGUUCUCUUCCUCGAAGUUCAAUAGAAAUUCUGUCAUUUCUGAAUUUAAAAAAAAAAAUUAAAAGUCAAGGCAUAGAUCAAACUAACAUGGCAGUCUCAGACCAAGAGUUUCUACCUAUGUUUUCUUCUAAGGUAUCAGGUUUUACUUCCAACAAGGUUUCAAAUGAUAUCAUUUCAACUUUAGAAAAUAUUUCACUGCUGGUUGAUGCUGACUCUUGUGACCUAAAUCACUCACAAUUAAUAGGAGGUCAUCAUUUUGAUGUUGAAAAAUAUUAUACAUGUCAAUGUCCACCAGAUGCAGAAAUACUUAAUCUCAAUUUAAGGGAGUUCAGUGCUUUUGAACUGCUUGAACAUCCUAGAGAACUAGCACGACAAAUUACGUUAAUUGACCAUGAAAUGUUUUGUAAUAUUACAUCAAAAGAUAUCCUAAGAAAAAUAUCAUUAGGAUAUAUAAAAAAGUUACAUAUUGAAAAAGACAAUUUACAUCCUAUUGAAGAUGUGGCACAGAGGUUUAAUCAGAUGAGCAACUGGAUUGUGUGCAGCAUUGUUUCUGAGCCAAAUAUUCAUAGACGUGCUCAAAUGUUUGUAAAUUUUGUUGAAACAGCAAAGCAGUGUCUUGAGUUUCGCAACUAUAAUGCUGUCAUGGCCAUAACAGUAGCAGGGUUAAGUAGUGGUGCAGUAAGAAGGUUAUCUGGAACACGUGAUUUAAUACCAGAAAAUGUAUUGAGUUGUUUACAAAAGAUUGAAAAUCUAAUGGACUCAAAGCGCAAUCAUGUGAAAUAUAGAAAAGCACUAUCUAACUCUCCAUCGCCUGCUGUCCCUUACUUUGGAAUGUAUUUAAAAGACUUAACUUUUAUUUGCGAUGGUAAUGCUGAUUAUCUAAAGGGAGGAAUUGUUAACUUAAGCAAAAGAAGACAGGUUUAUUCAUUAUUGGAAGAAAUAAAUCAAUUUCAACGGAAGAAAUAUAAUUUUCAAGAGGUGCCUGAAGUUAAAAGUUAUCUUUUAAGCAAAUCUUUUGUGUCUGAAGAUCAACUUCAUAAUAUGUCAAAAAAGAUUGAACCUUCUAUCUCUGGUGCAAUUACUUCUCCUGUAACUUUACUGGGGGAUCGAAGGGGCUCUUUUCACAUUGCUCAAUUUAUGAACAAUAAUUCAACAUGUUCGUUUAAGAAAAUCACCCGCGUGUUAUGAACUGUUAAAUAAUGUUACACGCGUGUUAUGAACUGUUAAAAAACGUUACCCGUGUUUUAUGAACAGUAAUACGCUAUGUUCAUCAUAGAGAGUUGCGUGUGUUUCAGGUUUUAGCGAUGUUAUGUUGAAUAUUUUACGACUAAAUAUUUUAAUAAAUAUAGAAAUAAAUAUUAAUGGUGACAUUAAUAUCUCGUAUGAGAUUGUGUAAUAUUAAUGAAGUGAAUACUUUUUAAAGUUUGUGGUUCCACUAGGAUUAAUAUGUAAUUUAUUUAAAU